AUGGCAGUACUACGUUCGACGGCAACCUCAUCCUUGUUCAUCCUCGGAGUCUUCGCUGCUUUUGUUGCAGGUUGUGCAAUGGGAGCGGUGAUGAAUGAGAAGUGCAGCAAGAGUAGCAUGGAAGUAAGCCAAAGUCCGACGGUUCCACUUCCGAGUGGAAUUCCACAAUAUACGGUUGAGAUGGCGAACACGUGCAGCAGAAGUAACUGCAGCGUUUCUCACAUUCAUCUAAAGUGUGGCAUGUUCACUUCUGCAACUCUCAUAAACCCUAAAAUCUUCAAACGCCUUCGCUACAAUGACUGUCUCGUUAACGAUGGCAAUCCCUUAAGCAGCGGUGUCAUUCUUUCCUUCAAAUAUGCUUCUUCCUUUCCUUAUCCUCUCUCUGUUUCCUAUCUGCGUUGUGAUUGA